CACACACACCUACACAGACUCCCCUAGCUACCUCACGCACGGACGCGUGGACGCUGCAGCGCGUGCGAGAGAGAGAGAGAGAGACAGACAGACAGAAAGACAGACAGAUCGACAGACAGAAGAGAGAGAGCGCGCGCGUUCUAAGCAAAGCGGCAGCACGCGCGAGUGGCGGCAAAAGAAUGCCCAUCUCCUGACUAAUAACGAAUGGGUUGGCGCGCUUUCCGUUCUUAGAGGUAAUACGAGUAGACUGUGAUGGGUGGCAGCGGCGUGCUCCCUCGCGUGGAGUGAUUUCUCUAUCAGUGCUGCUACCGCUGCUGCUGCUGGAAAUGGCGCUGUGAUGUUCAACAAGGAAGACGCAGUUGAAGCCGAUGCCAGGGAGAAGGAGGAGAGAAUAAAUUGUUGUUAUUAUUAGUAGUACCUGCGCUUCUGGUGCGGAUUUUUGUGUUUCAAAAAAAGCGGUGAACAGUACCAUGGUGAAUUACCAGGACUACAUUACUGUAAUGCAGCUGGCUCUAGGGGUGACUGCCAUCAACAGAGAGCGUAGCCUGCCUCCCAGAAAACAUAUGUGGGUCUUCCCCAAACACGACAAAGACAAAUACGGGCCUGCAGUUUACUAUCCCAAGAUCCACGGUUUCAUCCACACCCCAGAAAACAUCGCUCUGCUGGAAGAAUCUGAGGGAUCGGUGCACGGCAAACCAUCCCUGCGCAGAAUCAAGGGCCGAAUCCACCGCAGCAAGAGCCUGGACAGCAUCGACCUGCUGGACUCCAACAGUGCUGCAAUGGAGGAGACCGUAAUAUGGGAACAGCACACUGUAACUCUACACAGGGCUCCAGGGUUUGGCUUCGGGAUCGCUAUCUCAGGCGGGAGGGAUAACCCUCACUUUCAGAGCGGGGAGACAUCCAUCGUCAUAUCUGAUGUGCUGAAGGGAGGCCCAGCCGAGGGCCUGCUGCAGGAGAAUGACAGAGUGGUGAUGGUUAACGCCGUCUCCAUGGAUAACGUGGAUCACGCAUAUGCAGUGCAACAACUUCGGAAAAGUGGCAAGAAUGCAAAAAUAACCAUCAGGAGAAAGAGGAAGGUGCAGAUCCCCAUGGGGCGCCCGGGUGAACGCGAGACCAUGUCAGAGCAUGACGAGGACGACGACAGCUAUGAAGACGAGAUCUACGAGGCCCGGAGCGCACGGAGCGGACCCAGCGCCUGCAGCGGGGGCGGAGCCACGGGCCGGAGAGAGAGGAGUCUGUCCCCACGCUCGGACCGCCACUCUGUGUCCUCCAACCAACCUCCACGCCCAGCCAAGGUCACCCUCAUCAAGUCCCGCAAAAAUGAAGAAUACGGGCUUCGCCUGGCCAGCCACAUCUUCGUAAAGGACAUUUCCCCCGAGAGCCUGGCAGCCCGGGACGGAAGCAUACAGGAGGGAGACGUAGUGCUCAAGAUUAAUGGCACGGUGACUGAGAAUUUGUCCCUGAUCGAUGCUAAGAAACUGAUUGAGAGGUCAAAGGGCAAGCUGAAGAUGGUGGUGCAGAGAGACGAGAGGGCGACCCUGCUCAAUAUCCCAGACAUGGAUGACAGCAUACCUUCAGCUAAUGCCUCUGACAGAGAUGAUAUUUCAGACAUCCACUCCGUGGCCUCCGAUCAUUCUAACCGAUCCCACAACCGGAAGAGGAGCAGCCGCUCUCGUUCUCCAGACCGCCGCUCCGAGCCCUCGGACCACUCUAGACACUCUCCGCCACAGAUCAGCAACGGCAGGGCCACAGGGCCGACGGCUCAGAGAACCCGGCCAGUUCACCGAAGCCGUGAUGAAGACAGGGUCUCAAAGGCUGGGCCGCUUCCCCUACCUGCUAAGAUGGUGGAGGAGAUGGCAAAAGAGCAGACUGCAGCCAGAGAAGAGAAACAGCUCCCCCCUCUGCCAGAGCCCAAGCCUGUGUACGCUCAACCCGGCCAGCCUGAUGUGGACCUGCCUGUUAGUCCGGCAGACGCCCCAGUGCCCAGCGUCACGCAUGAUGACAGCAUCUUACGGCCGAGCAUGAAGCUGGUGAAGUUUAAGAAGGGCGAGAGCGUCGGGUUGAGACUCGCUGGCGGGAAUGACGUUGGGAUAUUUGUGGCAGGAGUUUUGGAGGACAGUCCUGCUGCUAAAGAGGGCCUGGAGGAGGGAGACCAGAUUCUCAGGGUAAACAAUGUGGAUUUUGCAAACAUCAUCCGCGAGGAGGCAGUGCUGUUUCUGCUGGACCUGCCCAAAGGAGAGGAGGUCACCAUCCUGGCCCAGAAAAAGAAAGAUGUAUACAGACGCAUUGUAGAGUCUGACGUAGGUGACUCGUUCUACAUCAGGACCCAUUUUGAGUACGAGAAGGAGUCACCCUACGGCCUGAGCUUCAAUAAGGGGGAGGUCUUCAGAGUAGUCGACACCCUUUACAACGGCAAACUGGGCUCUUGGCUUGCCAUCCGCAUCGGCAAGAACCACCAGGAGGUGGAGCGGGGCAUAAUCCCCAACAAGAAUAGGGCUGAGCAGCUAUCGAGUGUCCAGUACACUCUCCCAAAGACUCCAGGAGGGGAUCGGGCCGACUUCUGGAGGUUCAGAGGCCUCCGUAGCUCCAAACGCAACCUGAGGAAGAGCAGAGAGGACCUUUCUGCUCAACCUGUCCAAACAAAGUUCCCCGCUUAUGAAAGAGUGGUGCUUCGAGAAGCUGGUUUCUUGAGGCCGGUGGUCAUUUUCGGGCCUAUUGCGGAUGUCGCAAGAGAGAAACUGUCCAGAGAGGAGCCUGACGUCUUUGAACUUGCAAACCCUGCAAAGACCCGGCUGGUGUCUCAUGAUUCUCAAGCAGGGUGUCAAGAACAUGAGGAUGAUACGGAGGGCGGGGCCUACACUGACCAGGAGCUGGAUGAAACCAUGAAUGACGAGGUGGGCCUGCCCAGCGAGCCUGCCAUCACACGCUCAUCUGAACCUGUCCGAGAGGACCUGCCGGUCAUCCAGGACGCAACUGGGUACCCGAGCUACCAGCAUGCUGUGCCGCAACCGGAGCCAGUUAACCGCAUCGACCCAGCCGGGUUUAAGAUGGCAGCGCCUCAGCAGCAAGCUGAGGUCGCUCUGGCCUCGCCGCCCCCUCCCUCUGCAGCGGCAGCAGCGCCCCCUGCUGUCCAACCAACCGCGCCACUAGCGGGUACGGACCCAGAGGAGCCGUCUGGCACCCCUCAGGCCGACACCCUUAACAGCCCCGUCCCUGUUCCUGACCCCCAGCCCGAACCUGAGCUCGCUCAGCCCCCAACACACGACCCCCCCCAGUUGCUUCCUCCUGGCCCAGAUCCAAAGAUGUAUAAAAAGGAUCUGUACAGCAUGGAUGAGGCGGUGCGAGUGAACCACAGUGUGAAGCCUCCCCCUCCCCACCACCAGCAGCAGCAGCAGCCUUUAGGCCCCCCCACCUCGCUCUCCUACAGCCACCAGCCUGUCUACCAGGACCAACAGCCAUACCGCCAGUACGAACACCCGCCUUAUGGCUAUGACGGUGGCGGCUACGCACAACCAAAGCCUCACAAUUACGACCCGCACCUGCACUACGACAGCCGUGUUCCUCACUACAACGAGCAGUGGCCCCCUUACGACCAGCAGCAGACUUCACCCCAACCGCCGCCCACGUCCGGCUACGCUCAGGCCCACCAGCCUCCUCCUCCUCCACUGGGGUACGAACCCCGCUCUCCAUACGAGGACGGCCCAACCAGGGAUUUCAGCCCCCCUCAGUCCCAAUACGAUGGUGUGUCCCCAAUGAGCUACGAUAACCGGCCGCGGCACGCUAAACCCGCUCCUGCGCGCUACGAAGAGCCGCCUCCUCCAGUCUCCUACGACGCCCGCUCACCCUUCGAGUCCGAUCCGCAUGGAUUCCCAGGCAAUGCGCAUCGCUCCCCUGAUCCGCCCAAGCAGUAUUACGGUGAUGCUGCAAUGAGACCCUCGUACAACCCUGGAUCGCCGAACCGAACGUAUAAACCAGCACCACACGAGCCCGUGAUGAACUCUGAACCUCCUGCUCCGCCUCCCAAACCCGAGGCCGUCUUGUCUUCAGGAGAACCAGCUCACCCUGCAGCUCCCAAACCAUUGCCGCCUCCCCACAAGGAUGAUGAUGAUGAUGAUGAUGAUGAUGAAGACCCUGCCAUGAAGCCCCAGUCUGUGCUCAACAGGGUCAAAAUGUUCGAGAACAAGCGCUCCGUGUCCGUAGACCGAGCCAAGGAUACGCCGGAAGUAGCGGGAAUCAGGCCCACAGAUCUCCCAAAACCUGUGAGCACACCGGAUCCUGUGCUUAAAGCCAACUCUCUCAGCAACCUAGAGCAGGAGAAACCCUCUUACAGAGCCCCAGAGCCCCAGAAAGCUCAGCCGCGUGCAGGGGACGAUGUGGUGCGCUCCAACCACUAUGACCCAGAUGAAGAUGAAGAGUAUUACAGGAAGCAGUUGUCGUAUUUUGACCGCCGCAGCUUUGACAACAAGGCCAUGAAUCAGCCCAACACUGGAAUCAAUCGCUUCCAUGAGCCGCCCAAACCGUCUCAGCCCCAGAUCGCAUAUCCUUUUGCCAGAAUUUCAGAAAUCAGUGUGAACUCGCUGCCAGAUCCUCACAGCUCUCCCAAAGCCAAACCGGAUCAGUCGGCUCUCAGAGCUCCCACCCGGGAUGACCCCAUCCAGACCAGCUACCUGCCCCCCAAGUCUUCUAUCAAUGGCACAGAUGCCCCUCCCAAGACGCUAGGCGUCCCUACCAGCUACAACCCCUACGUCCCCAAGCCUUACACCAGCUCCGCCCGACCCUUCGAGCGCAAGUUCGAGAGCCCCAAAUUCAACCACAACCUGCUUCCCAACGACACCCAGUCCAAACCCAGUGUGAACAACAACCUGAAACCUCAAAUCUCGCCCCAGCCCCUGGACACCGACAGCGGGGUCGACACUUUCACGCGCACCAUGGUCUGAAGUUCCUGAAGCCCGUGGAACUGCGUCUACCACACUGUGCGUCUAUGACCCCUGAUGGUUGGUCUUUUGCUCUAAAAUCCUCCGACUCCUCGUCGGGUGACCCCAAAUGCUGGCAAAACAAGUGUCUACCAGGAGACCCCAAUUACCUGGUGGGCGCCAACUGUGUGUCCGUGCUGAUCGACCACUUCUGAAGAGAGCAACAGCUGGUCUGUUACUGAACGUCAGCGCGCAUGGACCCUUCUCCAGUUCUUCUACUCAGGAGGAGGGAUUUGCACCACUUUAUGAAGUAUUAAUUCUUCCCUCUUUUCUUUGAUGGGCUGAAGCGUCGUUCCCAAAAAAUAUCUUUGAGAAUAGCACUGAUGGCACAGUGCUAUGGAGCGCUCCUUUUCCUAUUCCCUUUGGUUUCCUCUUUUUUUCCCCCCAAGUUUGGUUUUGCCUUUUUCUUUACCUUUUGGUGCUUGAAGACUUGCAAAAAAUUACAAAUGAAAUCAAACUGCUAAUGGAAUGCAUGAACUGUUGUGGCAACAGUUGGAAAAAUGACCCCAUUUUUGACAUUUGUAGCGUAUUUUACUCUAAUUAAUUAGAAGUCUUGAACGGAAUCGGAAAAAAAUAAAUGGAAAAAUGUAUUAGUUUUACGUAAUACAAGUGAAUCCUACUAAUGUGCUCCCAAACAGAAAAGUCAAUGUAGAGCUUUUUUGUUUGCAAGGUUGUGUUUUUUUCGUGGAACGCUGUAAUGAAUUGUCGCGGAUCUGGAAAGCAUGUCGGUUUCUAGAAAAUGAAGAACAAUUGAGACUUUUUUGAAGUGAAGAACUGAUUAUUGAAGGAAUGUGACUGUUGCACUCAUCUGCUCAUGGACUUCCCUCGGCUAAAAAACAAAACAAAAAAAUGGGCUCUUUCUCACUCGUUUUGAACCGAUCUUUUCUAGCGAUGUUUUAUUGUAGAUAAACAUUGACUGUGGUUUUCCGAAACUCCUGCUGUCUAGAGAUCUAUGCAUGUGCUAUGACUCAGGUCCAAACGCCUGCUACUAUGUUGAGUACACAAACCUACCCAUCAUACACUGCAAGCAGUGAUGCCUUAUCUGCAUUUUUUUGUUACUUUGACCCGAAAGACUAGCAAAUGUCGAAUUUCUGUUACAGAGGGAAGUUACGAAGGACACAAAACUCACACCAUAAUGAAGCGGGAUAUUUAGCACACAAAUAAUGAAGUCUGAUCAACAGGUCUGCUUUUUCACUGCUAUGCAUAUGACGAUAUACAAGAACACUAGGAUAUGUUUCAAUUACAGCUGUAUAUAUUGUGCUAGCAUAUGGCCUUGGUUCGCUGUAAAUGACCUUUUGUACAUCUUUGUUAUUUUGUAUCAAAACGUAACAUGGAAAAAAGUUUCUUAACGGAGAAAAAAAAAGGAAAACUAUAACAUUGGUUAUGUUUGUAUUCCAGUUAUACUUCUGAGCCUUGGAAUUUACCUUAGCAGUACAGAGAAAAUUGAAACAAAUAAAAAAAAAAUUAAAUAAAUGCAACGAAAAAGGACGUUAUCUUUUAUACCAACAACAUAUAUACAAACACUACGUAAUGGCAUUUUUAAAAGUUACAGAAACUUGUAUUAUUUACAAACUAGAAAAGUGCUCGGUUUAAAUAAUUUAAGGAUUCUGUACUUCAGACGGGUCCGUGUUGGUGGUUGGACCCUGACUUUAUUUGUGAUACUGGAUGCUGUAUUGUGUGCCCUGAAAUGUAUUUUUGUACUAAUAGACAGUUUAUUAAGGCACAUCAGUACGAAUUUGUUUUGAUAUGACGACGCAGCUUCAUUCUGGGUUUACUUUUCUUUGUGUGGCGACAUUCUUUUUAUUUUCUCUUUUUUUUUUUCUUUGCAGCACAUUUCUAAGUAUACAACUGUAUUAAUAAAUUAAUUUUAAAGUAAAAAUUGUUUUUACUCUUUGACGAACGUGGUGUUGGAUAAUCUUGACGAUUGUGAAAUGGAAACGAUGUCAAUGACCCCUGUGUUGGGUACAGAAGGGAAAGUGGUUCAUUUGGGUUUGUGGUUUUAGACAUGUUUAUUUUUGAGCUCAGAGGUUGAUGGGAAGGGAGGUCAUGAAUUUUGUACACUUGCCCUUUCACCUACUUAAAACAGAUACUGCAGCUGAUUAGAGUCAAACUCUUGACCAGCUGACGCAAGACCAUUGAGAAAACCAGCGGCCAGCUUUCUUAAAAGCCAUUGUGUCAGCAGAAGGACUUUUCAACCCAUAAAGCAGUGGCUCUCAAAUGGUUUGUGGCAAGUGGUGACUAGGAACCACAAUUAUUUUACUAAAGUAAAUAAAAAUGUCAUUCAAAUUGAAAUUUUAAAUUAAAUUGUCAAAUUUAAUUUGAGUGACAAAUUUGAGCCAAAAUACUAGGGCUGGGU